AUGCCUCCCCGAGUGCGUCUCUCGAGUGGCCGACUUCCCCAGCCGCUCCGACAGAGCAGGCUCCGCCAAUAUGAAUUGCCUACGGUGACCAGAUGCGCGAGCACCGCAACGGCGACGACGCCGGCUCCUUCAAUUGAGCAGAUGACGAAGUCUGCUGCGCCAAUUGCCAGAUAUCCUCCCUCCCAAGUUCCCUCGCACCGCAAUCCGGAAUACCGCCGGUCGCAACUCCUACGUCAAUACACAUCUCUCAUCCGCACAACGCCUCUUAUGGUCUUUCUCCAACACGACAACCUGCAAUCAGUGGAAUGGUCUGCAAUCCGACGAGAAUUGACCAGCGCCUUGCGUAAGGUGGACGAACAGAAUGCCGCCGAGGGUCGCAACACUCCGCCAUUGGCCCCCCAUGUCAAGGUUCAAAUCGUGCAAACCAGCAUUUUCGAGGUGGCCCUGCGGAUUGUCGAGUACUUCCGGCCCAACCAGGCCGCCCUGGCCAACUCGCAGCCCCCUAGCGCCGUCAAUCCGGUGACGCAAACCUCGGCCCAACUCCCUCCCACCGGCUCGAGAGACGACCCGUCAUUGACGCACGAUCUCUCCCGUGCAGCGCACGACGCCGUCUUGCAUAUGAAGGGCAAACACGAGCUGUCGACGCUGCUCGUGGGCCCUAUCGCGGUGCUCUCGAUCCCCGACGUCUCGCCCGAGCAUCUGAAGGCUGCACUGACCGUUCUUGCGCCCAAGGCCUGUGGUUUCCCUACUCCUACCCGGAAGGCUAACCCGGAAUGGCAUGAGCUGCCGGUCCAGAACGGUCUGAACAAACUGGCCGUGCUUGCUACCCGGGUGGACGGCAAGGUGUUUGAUGUCGACCAGACGAAAUGGGUUGGCAGUAUCCAAGGUGGUAUGGAUGGCCUGCGGUCCCAGCUCAUCCAGUCCCUGCAGAGCAUGGGAUCCAGUCUCACAAAUACUUUGGAAGGAGCUGGCAAGAGCCUCUACUUCACUCUUGAGAGCAGGAAGAACGUUCUGGAGGAGGAGCAGAAGGGGCCUGAGGAGCAGAAGAGUGAUGCUUGA